CAGUUGUUGGUUACUACUCCAAAGUCCUCUACCAGAGAAUGUCUAGUAAGGGCUCUGCCUCUACACAUGCCAGGGCCCAGGAUGUAAACAGGAUUAUAUCAUAAUCAGUGAGUUUGCACGAUGGUUGAGUGCAAGUUGUCUAAAUGAACAGAAAACACCUGGCAGCAGCCUUCUACCGAGAUUAAACCCUCUCCACCAUUGAGACAUGGCAGCUAUAAAUCCCAAAGCGGAGAUGGUGGAACGCUUUCUGGAUUCUGCAGGCCGAGGAGACUUAGAGAGGGUGACCUCUAUGAUCUCCAACUCCAACUUUUUGAUCAACAAGAGUGGCGAGAACGGAUGGACGGCGUUAAUGUUCGCUGCACGGAACGGACACUUUGAAGUUGUGAAAGCUCUUCUAGCAAAAGGGUGUGACGCAUCACCUGUGAACAGAUCUGGGAAGACUGCAUAUGACAUCGCCCGUUUCUGGGGCCACAAGCACAUUGCCAUGCUGCUGUCUGGUGGACAAGAUGGACGCCCUCCUUAUACUCUCCCAGGCAUGCACGCCAAUGGGGAGGACCUCUACUUCAAUCAUGAGUUCCUAGACAGGUUGAGUGAGAAGAGGAGCGACAGCAAGUGGCUAACUGCUAAGCAGACAUCUCCAGACACCGUGUUCCUGCUCUUCCACAACCUCAACCCACUGGUCAUUUCCGAGGCCAUGGAAGAAGAUGGCAGAGGUGACUCCUCCUUCCUGAUGACCCGGCUGCGGCCGCCUGCAGUAGAGCCAAUCCUGGGGCGGCCGGGCACCACGGUCGUCUUCCUGGGAGUGGAGAAGCAGAGGAGAUGUGUCCCCACCACCACACUGGAGGGAGAGGACGAUGGACUGACCGCAUGGUUUGCUCUCAACACUGAGGAAGACCCCUCAGAGCUCCUGAAGUUCCCAGACCCCAAAUGUUUCUUCCUCCAUGGACCCAUGCCAGGGCUCCUAAAGCUCAGUGACAUCGAGGCAGGUGUUGUUGCCCAAGCCAGGGCAGUGCUGGCGUGGCACAGCAGGUACAGUUUCUGCCCCACAUGUGGGAGUGAGACGCGUGUGGAUGAAGGGGGCCAUAAGAGGACGUGCCUGAGAGAGGGCUGUAGAAGUCUCAAGGGCAUCCACAACACCUGCUACCCUCGCGUGGAUCCAGUAGCCAUCAUGCUGGUCAUCCACCCUGAAGGUAACCAGUGUCUGCUUGGAAGGAAGAAAAUCUUCCCUUCUGGGAUGUUCUCAUGUCUUGCUGGGUUCAUAGAGCCAGGCGAGACUGUGGAGGAGGGGGUCCGGCGAGAGGUCUGGGAGGAGAGUGGUGUUCGCGUUGGACAGGUGCACUAUGUCACCAGCCAGCCGUGGCCCAUGCCAUCCUCACUCAUGAUAGGUUGCCAUGCCGUCGCCUUGACAACCAACAUUAAUGUGGACAAGAAUGAGAUUGAGGAGGCUCGGUGGUUCACGCGGCAACAGGUGAUCGAUGCUACUGUGAGAGCUAAGCAUGCCGUUUUCUCUCUGCCACCGAGACAAGCUAUUGCAUACUACCUCAUCAAGCACUGGAUUGGAAUGAAUGCCAAUCUAUGACCAGAGGGGAAACAUUGAGUGGUAUUCCCAAGAGAUUGCUGCAGUUCUGCAGAAAAAUAUAUUGGACUUGUUCUGCCAUGAAUCACAAACACAUAUAGAUAGUCUUUCAGCUACAAGACCUACAGAUCCACUUUAUUGUACACUUUUCAUAUAUUCAGGUAUUUGUCCAACAGUAAAUUUGAGACAGUGAUGGCAUAAAACACAUCAAAAUAUAAAUUAUAAAAUAUAUUUAUUUAAAAACAAAUAUUACCCUUAAGGUGGGGAUCACAUUACCAAGUGGCAGGUUUCCUAUUGUCCUAUUGUUCUCUAUGGUUCAGCAGCGGAACGGUGGCAACGCUGGCGUAACACUAGCGUUGAACAACCUGAGCAUUGAACUUGGUUCAACUUUCAACGCGAGCGUAUUCAAUUGACAAACCGCUUGUGUUGCUUAGGAACGAGAUAAAACUUAUUAUGGUCUGAGCGCUGCGCCUACAGGACGCCUAAAGGU